CCUCUAUAAUGAGAGAGAGAAAGUGGCUGCUACGGAGCCUCCGAUUCCAAGCGCUACUCUUCAAGUCUCUCUCUCUCUCACUCAUAAUAUCAUACCAUUCCUUGCCAUCUCCCAAAGCUAUUCCCAAAUCCCCUUCCCCUUCCCCUUCCCCUUCCCCUCCCCCAUGGCUAUUUACCGAUCCAUUACCGAAACCCUAGGCGGCGGUGGCGGCAGCGGCGGCGGCGGAGGCAGCGGCAGCCGCGGCGAUCACCGUGGUGGCGUUGAGUCCUUUUGUUAGGAGGAGGAGGAGGAGGAGGAGGAGGAGGAGGAGAAGGAGAGAGGUGGGGUUAGGGUUAGGGUUAGGGGAGGAGGAGGAGGGAGGAGGAAGGGAUCAAAUGCUGGGAUCGGGAUUGAACCUGGUGACGACGGUGAUCGGGUUCGGGAUGAGCGCCACCUUCAUCGUCUUCGUCUGCGCCCGCCUCAUCUGCGGCCGGAUCCGCACCGCCGACUCCCCCGCCGCGGCGCCCUACGAUUUCGACAUCGAGUUCCGAUCCGACCUAGAUCACCCUGCAGAGCAUGCAUUUAAUGGCUUGGAACCUGUUGUUCUUGCUGCAAUUCCAACUAUGAAGUACAAAUCAGAUGCUUUUCAUUCAAGAGAAGAUGCCCAGUGUUCGAUAUGUUUAGGCGAGUACGAAGAUAAACAGGUGCUGCGCGUAAUGCCAGCAUGCCAUCAUAACUUCCAUCUUUCCUGCAUAGAUGUGUGGUUGGAGAAGCAGUCAACCUGCCCAAUUUGUCGCCUGCCACUGAACAACUUAUUUGACACAAAAUGUGCUGCCUCUGCUGCACUAAGAAGCCCUCAAACAUUCACCAUUCCGGAGGGUUCGGGUGGCCAAUCCAACCAUUCAAGCCGCACUAUGGAUGAUUCAGCCAGUGUGGUCAUUGAAAUUCCUCAAGAAAUUCGAGAAUCCCGGACGUAAAUCAAGUGAUGCUUCUGCUGACGAAUUAAUAUCUCCUUGAGAUUUUGAGCCAGUUUAUGCGGAUACAUAGAAUAUCAUGAGUCUCCAUAUGGUAAUCGGUUAUUGUGUUAUUUGGUUUGACAUAUGGCGCCAUGAAGACUUCUGAAGCGAAGAUUGUAGUAGCCGAAAGUUCAUUGAUAUGCAGAAUAGGAACAUUCUUUUGAUACAGUUCUGGUUUUUAGUAUGCAUCGGAGGUGUGUUGUGCCGUGCAUUUGGGCACGCUGUAAAGGUUCUGUCUUUAUAUUAAUGCAGUUUCUUUUUAUCAGCCUAUCAGCAGGUGGUGUCUUUCUUGUAUAUCAUGAUAUGUAAUCGAGAUACUCCCGAGAAACUUUUAUAGCCCUUUUUAAUGCUUCAUUCUCUUUA